CUUCUCCCCUUCUGGAAGCCUCACGCAGCGACCUCCCUUUACCUCCCACACUUCGAACGAACCGACGAGAAGAGCGAAGCGAACGCACGCGAGACCAGGGAGGAGAGAUCGAGGCUUCGAAUCGAUCGACGCGACGAGAUGUCUUCGCCCGCGGAGUACUACAAAUCACUUCCACCUAUAAGCAAGGCAUAUGGGACAUUAUGCUUCUUUACCACCGUGCUGGUUCAGCUCCAGAUACUGAGCCCGUCCUUUCUUGCCUUAUAUUACCCUUUCGUGUUCAAGAAGUUUGAGAUAUGGAGGCUAUUUACAAGUUUCUUUUUCCUGGGAAAUUUUUCCAUCAACUUUGGUAUUCGCCUUCUGAUGAUAGCAAGGUAUGGUGUGCAGUUGGAAAAGGGUGCAUUUGAAAAGCGGACUGCAGAUUUCUUGUGGAUGAUGAUAUUCGGUGCCAUCUCACUACUGGUAUUGUCUGCUAUUCCCCUACUGGAGUCUUUUUUCUUGGGAGUACCUAUGGUCAGCAUGCUUCUUUAUGUCUGGAGCAGAGAGUAUCCAAAUUCUCAGAUAAACAUGUAUGGUCUUGUCCAAUUGAGGUCAUUUUAUCUUCCAUGGGCUAUGCUUGCAUUGGACGUGAUAUUCGGGUCACCAAUUCUGCCUGGUCUUCUGGGUAUAAUGGUUGGACAUCUGUACUAUUUCCUUGCAGUGCUGCAUCCCCUAGCCACUGGAAAGAACUACCUCAAGACUCCAAAGUGGGUACACAGCAUUGUUGCUCGAUUCAGACUAGGCGUGCAGGCAAACUCACCCGUCAGGCCAGCCAACACGGGCGGCUCUGGUGCCUUCAGAGGAAGAAGCUACAGACUCAAUCAAUAGAUUGACCUGGAGAACACACCUUGUAAUGUGAUGCCUGUUCAGAAUUGCAAUGUAGAAUAUGAGCUCGGAACAUACUAGGGUCAACCAGGAUUAAGGGUUGUGCUCUUAGAGGCUCUAAAAUCCUGGACUUCCAGUCUUGCACAGAAUGGCAAAUCUUUGAUGUGCUGAUUUAGUUCCUAACAAUGUUCAUCGUCCAUGUUUUUCACAGGAAUAUAAUUGUGUAAUGCCAGUUUGUCUUCUA